AGAAAAUUAAAGGCUCGACACUAAUAGGAUGAAUGGCAAAGCUGACCUGGACUUCAUUCUGAACUCAGAAUGAAUAUACAUUUGUCAAAAAGUGCUUUUUAUUGUCGACAAAAGGCAAAUAAAAAUAAAAUUCCGAUGUCUCUCACCAAAGUGGAAAUCUCCCAUAAAAAGAUACUCGUUUCCAGUUACCAAAGCAACCAAAUGCCGAGAAAAGUUGUAAAAAGAAGUGCAUCUCCGUCGGACAAAGAAGAAAUGUCGCCUGUUCUUGCUCGACACAGUUCGCCAGAAAUGAGAGAUGGAGAGUCACCAAAUCUGCUAACUGUGAGCAAGAAAAAAGAGAUCAAAGGAGUUAACGAUGAAGAAUUUGGUUUCGAAAUGAAGAAAAUGCUGGAAUCCUUUGAAGUUGACAUAACCAAAACUUUGGCAAAUAAACGCAAACGCCUGGAAACUUUUACUCAAAAUAAAAUGAAAAACAGUAACAAGAAGAUUGAUGAAAUAUGGAAAAUGCAACAAACUGAAAGGCAGAAGCUGUAUGAUGACUAUUGCAAUCAAAUGAACAAUAUUCUACAACAAUGGGAUGUUGAUUUGAGCAAAUCAAAAGAACAAGAAGAAAAACUACUGGCUGUCUUUAAACAGCACCAGAAGUUGUGUCAGCAGAACUCUUUGGUUCAACAACAGAAGCUGAUGACUCUUCAUGAACUUCAUGAACAAUUCUGUAAGGGGUUGAAAGAUUUGGAAAGAAACCACCAAGAACAACAGUCAACAGUACUGUCAGAGUUAAAGAAAGAAAUGGCUUUGUUACAGAAGAGAAUAUUAAUGGAUACACAACAACAAGAAAUGGCUAAUGUUCGCAAAUCUCUUCAGUCUAUGCUGUUUUGAUGUAUUGAGUAAAACAGUGCCUUAAACAUUUCAACUUCAUUAAAUUAACUGUUCAUUUCACUUUUGUUAAUUAUAAUCAUCCUUCUAAUAUUAUAUAUUUUAUUCAAUAGAAUUAAAUAUAUUGGAGCAAUGAUUUGAGUGU